AAGUUGUGGCUUUGAUAAGUUGUUUCGUCUUUGGAUCUGAGAAGAAAAGCUUUGGUCUUCUUCUCUCUGAAUCUGUAUCGUAGCAAAAAAUCAAACCCCAAAGCAGCAAAUAUUUACAAUAAUACCAUCGCCCUCCUCAUCCUCCUCCUCCUCCUCAAUUAUUAGACUCUUCUCUCUCUCUCUCUCUCUCUAUCUUUCUCUGGUUUUCGACUCCUCUCACUCUCCUCCCUUUUCUUUCUUUCUCGAAGCUCCCAUUUAUUUCUUUUUAUCUUUUUUUUUAGUACUAAUUCCCUAUUUUUUCUGCUCGAUCUUCUCCUCGUAUCUCUUUUCCUUCUAGACAAAGCUUCCAUUUUCAUGCCUUUUUCUCUUUCUCUUUUCUCUCUCACUAUCUCUUUGUGUGCGUAUAUGUAUAGAUUAUUUGUUGAUACAAAUUGAGAUUCGUUUUCGUAAUUAUAUAUUGUAAUAUUCGAUCUGCGAUAUAUUGUUGAUUGAAGAUCACUAAACAUUCUGCUGUGUGGAAAGAAGGAUCAGAUUUUGGUUUGUGAUUGCUCCCAAGAAGGAGCUUGAUUAGGAAAGGGGUCAAAGUUUAUUGUUAAGGGGAUAUUUGUUUUCAUUUUCGAGAAAUAAAGACAAAAAAGGGUUUGGUAUUGGGAAAUGUUGUAUUUGAAACAGCCCAAUUGCAUUGUGUAUGUAUGGGGAUUGAGUUUGGGUUCAUUAGGUGAAUAAGUUUCACUUAGUAGUUUCUCUAUAUAAUUCUAUUUGGCUUAGAUAUUUCAUGCUCUGCUGAUAUUGUCCCUGAGCCGGAGGCUCGGGGGAUCUGAACCAUCCAUGGCGUCCUCCGAUAAUGAGCCUUCCAUUCACUCAGAAGAGCGUCUACCUCCUCCUGACCAUGCCUAUAUGCAGAAAUUCAGGCUCUACGAAACUCGAUCGAAUUUUUACAUGAUAGGAAGGGACAAGAGUAGAACAUAUUGGAAAGUACUAAAGAUUGGCCGGCAAGAUCCUUCCGAGCUAGACAUUCGUGAAGAUUCAACCACGUAUACAGAAAGAGAAUGUUCUGACCUGUUGAGGCGGAUACAUGAAGGAAACAAGUCCAUAGGUGGACUUAAAUUCAUUACUACUUGUUAUGGAAUUAUUGGGUUCGUCAAGUUUUUGGGGCCUUAUUACAUGCUGCUUAUCACAAAAAGAAGACAGAUUGGUGCAAUAUGUGGUCACACAGUAUAUGCUGUAUCCAAGAGUGAAAUGAUUCCUCUUUCAAAUAAUUCAUUUCGUACCAGUAUCGCAGAUUCUAAAAAUGAGAACAGAUACAAGAAGCUCUUAUGCACGGUGGACCUUACAAAGGACUUCUUUUUCAGCUACUCAUAUCAUGUUAUGCGUAGUCUUCAAAAGAACAUGUGCACUAAUACAUCAGGACACGUACUCUAUGAAACUAUGUUUGUUUGGAAUGAGUUCUUAACUCGUGGAAUACGGAAUCAUCUCCAAAACACUGUUUGGACAGUCGCAUUAGUAUACGGCUUUUUUAAACAGGCUUCCCUCUCUGCAGCGGGACGUGACUUUAAACUGACCCUUAUUGCAAGACGUUCCCGGCAUUAUGCUGGUACCAGGUAUCUCAAACGAGGUGUGAAUGAGAAGGGCAGAGUAGCUAAUGAUGUCGAGACCGAACAAAUUGUAUUUGAGGAUCUCCCUGAUGGAUUUCCUGUGCAAAUAAGUUCUGUUGUCCAGAAUCGGGGCUCAAUCCCUCUUUUCUGGUCACAAGAAACUUCACGUUUGAAUAUUAAACCAGAUAUCAUAUUGUCAAAGAAGGACCAGAACUAUGAGGCCACUAGACUUCAUUUUGAGAAUCUUGUAAAGAGAUAUGGGAGCCCCGUAAUUAUUUUGAAUCUGAUUAAGACACAAGAGAAGAGACCUCGUGAGUCUAUACUUCGAACAGAGUUUGCUAAUGCAAUUGACUUUAUCAAUAAAGAUCUGACGGAGGAGAACCGUCUUAGAUUCCUUCACUGGGAUUUGCACAAACAUUCUCGGAGCAAAGCUACAGAUGCCUUGCUUCUUCUUGGCAAGGUGGCUGCUUAUGCAUUGACCCUAACAGGUUUCUUCUAUUUUCAAGUAUCACCAUCCUUGGAAAGUGACUUUUCUACUGAGCGCCCUUCCUCUGAGGAAGUAAACAAUGGUGAGUUAUCCCCUCAAAAUCAUUAUGACGUAAAUAAUAACGAGGAUGCUAACAAGUUUAAAGUGAAACCUAGUGGAGACAGCAAUAUUGAAAAUGAAAAUCAUUCAGGCAAGCAACCUAUGUUUCAAAGGGGGGUGCUGAGAACCAAUUGCAUAGAUUGCUUGGAUCGUACAAACGUUGCACAGUAUGCAUAUGGAUUGGCUGCACUGGGACACCAGCUUCAUGCUUUGGGAGUUGUUGACAAUCCAAAGAUUGACCUUGAUGAUCCUUUGGCUGAGGACUUGAUGGGUUUUUAUGAGAGAAUGGGAGACACACUGGCACACCAAUAUGGUGGCUCAGCAGCUCACAACAAGAUAUUUUCUCAGAGAAGGGGCCAAUGGAAAGCAGCAACCCAGUCUCAGGAAUUCUUCAGAACUCUUCAACGCUAUUACAGUAAUGCAUACAUGGAUGCAGAGAAGCAAGAUGCGAUUAAUGUAUUCCUAGGGCAUUUCCAACCACAACAGGGUAAACCUGCACUCUGGGAAUUGGAUUCAGACCAACAUUAUGAUUCUGGGAGGGAUAGAGAUGAAGAUGGAAGGUCUAUUUUCAAAAGAUCUCUAUCGGAUGGAAACAUUCUUCAUGAAUGCAUCUCACCCACAUCAGCUAGAAAUGGCAAGCAGGAGAAAUAUCCUGACUCAGGUUUGCCUGGGGAAUCACAAGACAAGAAGAUUCUGAGUGAAUCAUCUCCUGAAAUAUCAACUUGUGAGAGUGAUAUUACUAACUAUUCAAGGUAUACACCCUCAAUGCCUCGCAGGCAACUUUUUGGGGAUAUUCAAAGAGAUCGCGGCCAUGAAAGUGAUCAAGUAUACUUUUCUGAACAUGAUAUGUCAAACUGGUCAAACUUUCUUGACCUGGACUGGCUAUCUUCUUCUGGGAAUUCAUGUGAAGAAGAGCCAUAUGAGAGAAAAAAUACACGUGGAUGGAUUAAUUUUGGGAGGGUUGUUUCUUGUCAUUCUGAAAUGUAUAACUGGAUAUAUAACAUGUAUAGGUCAUCACUACUCGCAAGCUCUCCAGUUGAGGGACUAUCAUCUGAGAAUGUCAUCAAUGGAAUAAUGGGAGAAUCUACCCCAUCCACAAGUGAAUGUGGAUCCACCUCAAAGGAGAGAGAACGAACAGAAGCAGAAACAGAUGUGGUCUAUGGACGGAGUUCCAAUGUUCUUGAGGAAUAUUCAGAUAGCUUUGUUCAUUGGGUCGACUUUGGAGAGACACUGUGCCAUUAAAGUCUAGCUCAUUUUUUUUUUCCAAACCGCACCAUUUUCGCGCUACCUUUCUCUUUCAUUGGAUUCAAUCUGUUCGGGAAAUGCCAAUCGAUGAUCAACGGAUAAGAAACUAUAGCAUGCAUCAUCGCACAUGAACAGAGGAAGAAUGACAUCUCAAGGGACUGGCAUUCUUUUGAGAGUAUGCUUUCUAGAAGCAAUGAUCCUGGCUCACAUGUAUGAGUUAUAACAUGAUUGAUUUCAUCGUGAAAAACAUCAGUCGGAACCGAUACAAAAAGUACAGAAGAGUAAAUAGUUUACAGUUACAUUUUUUUUCUUCUUCCCCUUUUUAGGAGUUUUUCCUUCCCUUAGUUGGUGGUGACUAGGUUUUCUUAAUCACUGUAAAUAUUUUUCACCGUAUUCGCCAGAGCUCAACUUUUAGAAUUUCAGGUCAAUGAUUCUUUAUAUUGCUUUAAUCCUAAUUCAUGGUGAGGGGUGGGUGCUAACGAUGGGGGCCUAGCGUCUACAAGGGAUGUGGUGUAGAAUUGAGCUUUUGAGCUAUGAAGACCUAGGGGCCUCAAAUUUUUAGUCUACUCUUAUGACUUGUUGAGCGUCAUUCAAUCAUUCAAAAACUUGACGAGUAUUUUUGCUUUUGUUAGUUCGCUGUUCAGGGAUAUGUCCAGAUUAACUAUGACUGUUGAUUAACGUGUUGUUCCCCUUUCCCUA